GACUUUAGUUUUGUGAUAUUAACUGACACUUCUAAGAGGCAGUAAGGGGUGGUCUGUCCGAGCCAUUUUGUGUCCCAUGAUGAAAUAGUUGAAAUUAUAUCAAAGUUCAAACCGUUCUUUGCAUCUCUUUUAUUUAUUUUGACUUCGCAUUCCAUUUUUUGACUUUAUUCUGUUUGACAAAAAAUAUAUAUUUUCUAGCGAGUAAUGGAAAGCUCUCGAUAUACAGUUAUACUUGUUGACCCAGUUAAUUAUGAUUACUCUGACCAUCCUGUUAAUUAUGUAACUACUCCACUGCCUAUUGAAGACUGCAAUCAAGCCAGCAGCUCCUCCAGUGGUCAAUUUGCAUGGGACAGUCCAAUAAAUUAUCAUCAACCAAGUUGUUGGAGCAACUAUGAUUCUGAUCAGAUUGACCAGAGGCCGGUGAUCCACCAUUUAAACUCAUUUUCAAGUGAUUAUGAUGUCUCUACAGAUCUUGUUAAUCGACCAAGUGACCAACAAAUGGAAAAUGGUGUGGACGAAGAUGAGGACGAAGAUGAUGAUGAUGAUGAUGAUGAUGAUGAUGACGAUUACGAUGAACGUAAAUUAGUUAUAGAUGGGUCGCAAAAUAAUGAUAAAUCUUAUAAUGCAAUAACUGAAGCUGAAAAAAAUGAUUCAGCUUUGAAAUUAUGUCAAGUUUGUGGCGACAAAUCUACUGGACGUCAUUAUAACGCUUUCACAUGCGAAGGUUGUAAAGGAUUUUUCCGUCGAUCGGUGAUGAAAGGAAUGAAAUAUGCAUGCAAAUCCAACAACAAUGAUUGUCUAGUAGAUGCUAACAAUCGACGUAAAUGUUGUCGAGCUUGUCGAUUGAGAAGAUGUCUUGCAAUCGGUAUGAACCCAGAUAUCUGUUUGAAUAAGGCUAAUGAAGAUAGUCUUGAAAGGGCAUCCAAAGCCAAUAGCAUGGAAAAUAUGUUCAACAAACUUACUCUUUUGCAUUUUGAAACUGACUCUACAUCCCUUUUAUGGCCAACUGGACUACAAAUAAUGGAGGAUUUUUGUGAUCCAUUCUAUUUAUCAUAUGUUGUAUUUCAUCUUAAAAUAUCAAACAAGCUCAUCUAUUUCGAGUCAAAGCUUCCUCCAUUUGCUUCUUUACCGAUCGACUCUCAAUAUUCUGGAGUUAGAGAUGCUGCUCAUCCAAUUUUGAUUUUAUUUACUCUUUUGCAUUUUGAUACUGACUCAGCAUCGCUUUUAUGGCCAACUGGACAACAAAUCACGGAAGAUCAUCUAAAAGGAUCAGUAUUUUCCAGUCUUCGUUUUCAACUAUUCCAAACAGGUCGAGAUCUAAAGCGUUUGAAUAUGACUUUAGAUGAUAUUCCAUUGGUUAUUUUAUAUCUUUUAACCAUGAACUUUUCUCGAGAACAAUUCGCUUCAAAUAUUAUAAAUAAGUGCAAUCAAAUUGGAAGCAGUAAAUAUCCUGAGAUAUGGGGCUCUUAUAUCGAUGUUUUACACAAGAUUCAAAUGUUGGUUGUCCAUAUAAAAACUACCCUUAACAAUUUUAGAGUAAACAGUCGAAAUUUCAUUCAACAACAAACAAACUUAUACUCGUUUUAA